UUGGAUAGCAUUUAAUGGCUUGAGGUUAGCAGUCAGUUUUUAUGAACUGAUGUCAGUGGUUAGUCUGGGUGUUUCUGUAAAUGCCCUGAAACAUAGUCCCGAUCCCACACAUCCUCUGGAUCCAGCUGGAAUUAAUGCUGAGGCUUCUUCAGUACAGUGUAUAUUGCAGGGUAAACCUCUUGUGCCUGCAUUCUCAAAGGAUGGGGACUUUGUAAUUGGAGGUGUUUUCUCCAUCCACUUUAAACUUCAUUCAGUGAUUUAUAACUACACCACCAAGCCCAAGUCUCCAAGAUGCACAGGGAGUGUAAACCCUCGAGUACUGCGUUUCCUACGCACCAUGAUCUUUGCCAUUGAGGAGAUAAAUAACAGCACAGAGCUGCUGCCCGGCAUUAAACUUGGAUACCAGAUCUAUGACUCAUGCCUAGCAAUACCUGUGUCAGUUCAGGUAGCAUUUCAGCUCUUAAAUGGCCAGGAACCUGUAUUCAACACAGGUGAAAAUUGCUCUCAAUCUGGAGUUAUGUCUGUGGUCGGAGACUCUGGGUCCACCCCAUCCAUCAGCAUUUCUCGCAUUUUCGGUUCUUUCAAUAUUCCGCUGGUGAGUCCAUUUGCCACAUGUGCCUGUCUGUCAGACAAGCAGCAGCACCCAACGUUUUUUAGAACAAUUCCCAGUGACCAGUUCCAAGCUGAUGGGCUGGCCAAACUGGUGAAACACUUUGGCUGGAAUUGGAUAGGUGCAGUGCGCUCCGACUCUGAUUAUGGAAAUUAUGGCAUGGCAUCUUUUCUUGACGCAGCACUCAGAGAGGGGAUAUGUGUGGAGUAUUCUGAAGCCUUCCAUCGGACAGACCCACACAUCAAGAUCAAAAGAGUUGCUGAUGUGAUCCGAAGAGCCACUGCUGUUGUUGUGGUGGCGUUUGCAUCAUCAGGAGAUAUGAAGUUCCUCAUGGAGGAGCUGGCCCUAGACCCUCCUCCGCCUCGUCAGUGGAUUGGAAGUGAGGGAUGGAUUGGAGACCCAUACUUGCUCACCUUCAGUUUCUGUGCAGGGGCCAUUGGAGUUGCCAUACAACAAUCAGUGACCCCAGGGCUAAAAGACUUUCUUUUCGAUCUCUCUCCCUCUGAGGUUGCUGCCUCCUCAGUGCUGACUGAGUUCUGGGAGGAUGCUUUCAACUGCACUUUGACAAAAAAUUUUGAUUUGAGCAAAAUGUUGUGUGAUGGAACAGAAGAUAUUAAAACGCUCAGAAGUCCAUACACUGAAACAUCACAGUUGAGGAUUAAUAACAUGGUAUACAAGGCUGUGUAUGCAAUAGCACAUGCCACUCACAAUGCAGUGUGUGAGGGAAAAAAUGGCUAUACUCAGUGUGACAAACAUACUAUAUUAAAGCCCAAAGAGAUUUUCAGUGAAUUAAAGAAAGUAAACUUUUCAAGGAAUGGUUACCAUGUGUCAUUUGAUGUUAAUGGAGAUCCCACAGCUUUCUAUGAGCUUGUGAAUUGGCAGAAAAGUGAAACUGGUGUUAUUGAACCAGUAACGGUUGGCUACUAUGAUGCAUCACUACCUGUGGGCCAGCAGUUCAAUAUCAAUGGCAAAUUGACCUGGAUGGAAGGUGGCACAAAAGUACCAGUGUCAGUGUGCUCUCAAAGUUGUCCUCCAGGAACUCGUAAAGUGUUACAGAAAGGAAAACCCAUCUGCUGCUAUGAUUGUAUACCUUGUCCUGAAGGAGCGAUCAGUAACAUCACAGAUUCUCCUGACUGCUUCUCAUGUCCUGAAGAGUCCUGGCCCGAUUCAAAAAGGAAGUCCUGCAUCCCAAAACCUGUUGAAUUUCUUUCCUUUGGAGAAGUCCUGGGAAUUAUUUUGGCUACUGUAUCUGUUAGUGGUGCAUUUUUGACAGUUACUGCAGUCGCUGUUUUCAUUCAUCACAGAACGACUCCAAUUGUGAGAGCUAACAACUCUGAGCUGAGCUUCCUGCUGCUCUUCUCUCUGACUCUGUGUUUUUUAUGUUCAUUAACAUUCAUUGGAGCACCUUCUGAGUGGUCCUGCAUGCUGCGGCACACAGCAUUUGGCAUCACUUUUGUUCUCUGUAUCUCCUGUGUCCUUGGGAAAACUGUUGUGGUUCUAAUGGCCUUUAAGGCUACACUUCCAGGUAACAAUGUCAUGAAAUGGUUUGGUCCUCUUCAGCAGAGAGUGACUGUAGUGUGUCUUACUUUGAUUCAAGUUAUAAUUUGCACCUUGUGGUUAGUACUGAGUCCUCCAUUCCCAAUUAAGAAUCUAAACACCUGUAAGGACAAGAUCAUCCUAGAAUGUGCAUUAGGCUCUGCUGUUGGUUUCUGGGUUGUACUUGGCUAUAUUGGCCUUCUUGCUGUUUUUUGCUUUAUAUUGGCUGUUCUUGCUCGGAAACUACCUGAUAAUUUCAAUGAAGCAAAGCUGAUCACAUUCAGCAUGUUGAUAUUCUGUGCAGUCUGGAUCACCUUCAUCCCAGCAUAUGUCAGCUCUCCUGGAAAAUAUACAGUUGCAGUGGAGAUAUUUGCCAUUUUGGCCUCUAGCUUUGGUCUGAUGCUGUGUAUAUUUGCUCCAAAGUGUUUCAUCAUUGUGUUUCAGCCAGAAAAGAACACCAAGAAAUAUUUAAUGAAUAAGUGUUACAUCGAGCCGCGUUCCACCGUCAGAUUCGGUUUCCCCUGCAUCUCCGCACUUUGCAAGCGGCAGAAAACAAUGGAGAUUGGCCUGAGAUCAGCAGUGAGUUUGUUCAGUCUGGUUACAGUAGUUGCGUUACACGGGUCUCUAGAUGAUGAAAAAAGAAUAAUUCAAUCUACUAAUGCUUUUGCUGGUACUGAUGCCAGCGUUGAGACUUCACUGGCAAAAUGUACCCUGCAGGGUAAUGCACGACCUCCUGCAUUUUCCAUGGAUGGAGAAUUCUUAAUUGGAGGUGCUUUCUUCAUUCACUACCAAAUGGAGACAGUAGUAAACAACUACACAACAAAGCCUAAGCUUCCAAAAUGCACAGGAAGCUUCAAUGCCCGGGAUCUACGCUUCUCUCGAACAAUGAUUUUUGCAAUUGAGGAGAUAAACAACAGCACAGAGCUGCUGCCUGGCAUGAGACUUGGUUAUCAGAUUUAUGACACAUGCUCUGCUGUGCCUGUGGCUGUGCAUGUUGCAUUUCAGCUAACAAAUGGUGAAGACCCUGUAUUUUACAAGGAAAGUAACUGUUCUCAGUCUAGUGUGGUGAUAGCAGCUGUUGGAGACUCUGGGUCAAGCCCAUCUAUAAGUAUGUCACGUAUCAUUGGGUCCUUCAAUAUCCCUCUGGUAAGCCACUUUGCCACUUGUGCCUGCCUGUCUGAUAAACAUGAAUACCCAAAUUUUUUCAGAACUAUUCCUAGUGACCAUUACCAAGCUGCUGCUCUGGCAAAGCUGGUGAAACACUUUGGCUGGACUUGGAUAGGAGCUAUCUAUUCAGACUCAGAUUAUGGAAAUUAUGGCAUGGCAAUUUUUCUCGAGACAGCACGCAGGGAAGGGAUUUGUGUUGAAUACAUGGAAUCCUUCGAUUGGACCUACCCGCAGAGCAAGAUCCAAAGAGUUGCUGAUGUAAUCCGGAGGUCAACAGCAACGGUUGUUGUGGCAUUUGCAGCUCCUGGAGAUAUGAAGAUCCUCUUGGAAGAGCUUGCACGGCAGCUGGUUCCAUCACGUCAGUGGAUAGGAAGUGAGGCCUGGAUAACUGACCCAAAUUUGAUGAGCUUCAGUUUCUGCACGGGUGCCAUUGGGGUUGCCAUCCAGCGAUCUGUGAUCCCAGGUCUGAGAGAAUUUCUUCUGGAUCUCUCUCCCUCUGAAGUGGCUGCCUCUUCGGUGCUUACUGAGUUCUGGGAGGAUGCAUUUAACUGCAGUUUAACAAAGACUUCAAACUUAAACAAGCAGCAGUGUGAUGGAACAGAAGACAUAAAAACCCUUAAAAGCCCAUACACCGAAACAUCUCAGCUUAGAAUUUCUAACAUGGUUUAUAAGGCUGUGUAUGCAAUAGCACAUGCUAUACAUAACGUAUUGUGUCAGAAAAAAAAUACAACUGUACAGUGUAACAAAUACAUCAGACUGGAUCCAACACAGGUUUUAACUGAACUUAAGAAAGUAAGCUUUUCCCAAAAUGGCUACCAUAUUUCAUUCGAUGGUAAUGGAGACCCUAUAGCUUUUUAUGAGCUGGUGAACUGGCAGAACAGUGAAAGUGGACUUAUUGAGCCGGUAACAGUGGGAUACUACGAUGCAUCACUGCCAAUGGGCAAACAGUUUCAUAUCAGCAGAAAACUAACCUGGCUUGAAGAUGCCAAACAAGUACCGGUGUCAGUGUGCUCCAAGAGUUGUCCUCUAGGAACCCGUAAGGUGUUGCAAAAAGGAAAACCCGUGUGCUGUUAUGAUUGUAUACCAUGUCCUGAAGGGGAGAUUAGUAAUGUGACAGAUGCACCUGACUGCUUCCUUUGUCCGAGAGAGUUCUGGCCCAAUCGAGGCAGAGAUGCAUGCUUUCCCAAACCUGUGGAGUUUUUUUCUUUUGACGAAGUCCUGGCAAUCAUCCUCGCUAUAUUUUCUGUUUGUGGUGCCUGCAUAGCCAUCAUAACAGCAGUGAUUUUCUUUCAUCAAAGGGCAACUCCCAUUGUCAGAGCUAACAACUCUGAGUUGAGCUUCCUGCUUCUCUUUUCCCUGACUCUUUGUUUCUUAUGUUCAUUAACUUUCAUUGGAGCACCCUCUAAGUGGUCCUGCAUGCUGCGGCACACAGCAUUUGGUAUCACCUUUGUUCUCUGUAUAUCCUGUGUUCUUGGAAAAACUAUAGUUGUUUUAAUGGCUUUUAAAGCAACACUUCCAGGAAGUAAUGCUAUGAAAUGGUUUGGUCCCCCACAGCAAAGAAUAACUGUAGUGUCUGUCACCUUCGUUCAAGUUAUAAUAUGCACUUUAUGGCUGAUUUUGAGUCCCCCUUUUCCAGUGAAAAAUCUAACCACCUACAAGGAAAAGAUCAUCUUGGAAUGUGCAUUGGGCUCUAAUGUAGGUUUCUGGGCUGUGCUUGGCUACAUUGGCCUGCUGGCGAUUUUUUGCUUUGUUUUAGCUAUUUUUGCUCGGAAACUUCCAGACAAUUUUAAUGAAGCCAAGCUAAUUACCUUCAGCAUGUUGAUAUUCUGUGCAGUCUGGAUAACUUUUAUUCCAGCAUAUAUCAGCUCUCCUGGAAAAUUUACCGUGGCUGUUGAAAUAUUUGCGAUUCUAGCUUCCAGUUUUGGACUGAUAGUCUGUAUAUUUGCUCCGAAGUGUUUCAUUAUUUUGUUUCAACCAGAGAAGAACACAAAGAAAUAUUUAAUGAACAAAAAAUAA